AUGAUAGAUUGGAUCAACGAGCGGUUCGUCCGAGCUGUGAGAGGACUUGAGUGUUGGGCUUCGACGAGUCGUGGAGAGGGGAGCGGUUUCACGAAGGCCAUGGCGAGAAGAGGGUCGGUUGGUGCCCCUGUAGAAAAAUCGAUGUCUUCAUUGAAAGUACGCUCUUACCGUAACAAGGGUUCUCGUGAGGAUGAAGCCGUUGGAUUUUCUGUGCCUCGAUCGGCGGUUGCGAACCGUGCCUUGUCUGCGAUGCCUAUGGACAUCGCCAAGUCGGAGAGGACACCCAGGCCGUACGGGGGGGAUUCGAACGACAAGUUGCUGGAACUAAUAGUUCAGCUUUUCUUGAGGCUCCUGAACUUCCAAUUCGUUGAAAAUAGUGCGUCGUCCACAAGAGCUGUGCCUGUUUCUGCUGUGUUGUAG